CAUGAGUGGAGGAUCUCAAGUCCACAUUUUUUGGGGUGCUCCAGUUGCUCCACUGAAAAUGACAGUAUCACAAGACACAGCUUCUUUAAUGUCUGUUGCUGACCCCUGGAAAAAAAUUCAGCUUUUAUACAGUCAACAUUCUUUAUAUCUGAAGGAUGAAAAACAGCACAAAAAUCUUGAAAACUAUGAAGUCCCAGAAUCUAUUGGUCCUCCAGAUCUUAGUGGUCAUUUCUUAGCAAACUGUAUGAAUGGCCAUGUUCAUGUGAAAGAUGACUUUGUACAUUCUGUUUCUGAAACACAGAAUAUAGAAUCUCAGAAGAUUCACUCCUCUAGACUGAGUGAUAUAACUAGCUCUAAUAUGCAAAUAUGUGGAUUUAAAAGCACAGUUCCGCAUUUAACCAAAGAAGAAAAGUAUCAAAAGCUUCUCAGUGAAAAUAAAAUUAUAGAUGAACAGCCUAAACAUCAGUCAGAUAUAUGUGGUCAGAACUUUAACGCAAGUUUGUUUCAGUUAGGCCAUAAAUGUGCAGCUAUGUUGGAUUUGGUUUGUAGUGCUGAACAAAUUAAUAUAGGGCCUGAAGUGGUACAAAGAGAGUGUGUGCCAACGGGAUAUCAUGAAAUACAAAACCAGUGUUUGGGAUUAUUUUCCUCGAACGCAGUAGAUAAGUCAAGGUCUGAAGCAGCAGUUAGGAAGGUCUCAGACCUUAAAAUAUCAACUGAUACAGAAUUUCUCAGUAUAAUUACCUCCAGCCAGGUUGCUUUUUUAGCUCAAAAGAAAGAUAAAGGGCGGAGUCCUAUAAAUAAAGGGAAUGUAAACAUGGAGGCUGAACCAAAGGCAAGUUACGGGGAGAUAAGAAUACCUGAAGAGAAUUCGAUUCAGCUUGAUGGUUUUACAGAAGCAUAUGAAAGUGGACAAAACCAAGCAUAUUCCCUUGAACUUUUUAGUCUUGUUUGUCCUAAAACAGAAAAUAGCCGCAUUCACAUAAACUCUGAUAAAGGUCUUGAAGAACAUACAGGAUCUCAAGAACUUUUCAGUUCUGAAGAUGAACUGCCACCAAAUGAGAUACGUAUUGAGUUGUGUAGCUCAGGAAUGUGUUCUCAACUAAAUACCUUCCACAAAAGUGCUAUUAAAAGAAGCUGCACCUCUGAAGAUAAAGUGGGCCAGUCUGAAGCUCUAUCUAGAGUCCUUCAAGUAGCUAAGAAAAUGAAGUUGAUUUCUAAUGGAGGAGAUUCUGCUGUAGAAAUGGAUCGGAGGAAUGUGUCUGAAUUUAAGGGUAUUAAAAAAACAUCAUUAAUAAAAAACUGUGAUUUUAAAAGCCAGAAGUAUAAUUGUUUAGUCAUGGUGCUAUCUCCAUGCCAUGCGAAGGAAAUAAACGUAAAAUUUGGACCAAAUUCUGGCUCUAAAGUGCCUUUAGCAACAGUUACAGUAAUUGAUCAAUCAGAAACUAAGAAGAGUUUUCUGUGGAGGACUGCAGCAUUUUGGGCAUUUACAGUGCUUCUUGGAGACAUAAUUUUACUCACAGAUGUUGUUAUUCAUGAGGACCAAUGGGUUGGCGAGACAGUACUACAAUCAACAUUUAGCAGUCAGUUAUUAAAUCUUGGGAGUUAUUCAUCUAUUCAGCCUGAAGAAUAUUCCAGUGUAGUUAGUGACGUUGUACUUCAAGACUUACUGGCAUAUGUGUCCUCAAAACAUUCCUACCUCAGAAAUCUUCCUCUGAGGCAGCCUCAGAGGGUGAACAGUAUAGACUUUGUAGAAUUGGAGCACCUUCAACCUGAUGUAUUAGUCCAUGCAGUACUAAGAGUUGUUGAUUUCACUAUACUGACAGAGGCAGUAUACAGUUAUAGAAGACAGAAGCAGAAAAAAGUUAUGUUAACAGUGGAACAGGCCCAAGAUCAACAUUAUGUGCUUGUAUUAUGGGGUCCUGGAGCAGCCUGGUACCCUCAACUUCAAAGGAAAAAAGACUCAGAAGACAUGUGGCAUCACUUCCACCAAAUUCCGUUCAUCAGAAGUGAGUUUAGCUGCGCGUUGGAAGUGGAUUAGAAUGAAGCUAGUGCAGAGAAGAGGCCAGUGUUAAUGACUGUCAUUGAUGGAAGACAUGAUGUUUGCAUCCGUGUAGAAUCAAAGCUGAUAGAGAAGAUUCUUCUCAACAUUUCUGCCGACUGCCUCAACAGAGUGAUAGUUCCUUCCUCAGAGAUCACCUGUGGGAUGGUCGUGGCAGACCUGUUCCACUCCUUGUUGGCAGUCAGCGCAGAACCUUGUGUAUUGAAGAUUCAGAGCCUUUUUGUGUUAGAUGAAAACAGCUAUCCAUUACAAGAUUUCUCCUUCCUGGAUUUUUAUCCUGACAUUGUAAAGCAUGGAGCCAAUGCCCAUCUCUGAGGCCAGAGGAAGAAAUUGCAGGCAUUUCAAGGAAGAAGUACUGAAAUGAUUUGUCUUUUGAAAUAAAUGAAUGACAGGGCUUUUGCUUUGGAUUUUUUAUGAAAUAUAUUUUACAAAGAGAAUUGCACUAGAUAUAUAAAUUAAAACUUUUUUCUAAGAAAAUCCUGUGAGGUUUAAAAAGAUUGUUUUUGUCUUUUGGUUUCUUCCUUUCUUCUGGAGAAAUGAUCUACCAGUCAAGGCAAUAUGUAGCAGAUCCCUGGGAAUUAAAGGUUUGCCCAUUUGGUUACUGUAUUUAGUCCCUACUACAUUCCACGCAUUGUACUAAGAAUGGGCAACCACAGGGAAGACAUUCCCUCAGAAACUACUGCAGUGCUUUUGCUUAUCCCUACCUAAAAAACCGUCAAUGUGAAAUCAUUUCCUUGAUUAAAACUAUAAUGAUAAUGGAUUAGUUUAUAUGAACCUA